AUGUCGGGUGCCGCUCUUGACAUGACUCUUGAUGAUCUAAUCAAGAGCAACAAGAAAUCCGCUCCUCGGGGUAGAGCCCGCGGCUCUGGUCCCGGCCCCGCUCGCCGCUUCCCCGACCGCACUGCCAACCGUGCUGCGCCCUAUGCCGUGCCCAAGGCCCCGGAAUCAGCUUGGGGUCAUGACAUGUUCGCUGGUGCCGGUCGAGCUUCUAAUAUUGAAACUGGGACGAAGUUAUACCUAUCGAAUUUGGAUUAUGGCGUCUCUAACGAGGAUAUUAAGGAACUCUUCUCAGAGGUUGGUGACCUGAAACGGUAUACAAUACACUAUGAUAGGAGUGGGAGAUCAAAGGGUACUGCUGAAGUAGUCUUCUCAAGACGUCAAGAUGCACUAGCAGCUGUCAAGAGGUACAACAAUGUCCAGCUAGACGGCAAACCCAUGAAAAUAGAGCUAGUUGGAACAAACCUUAACAUCCCUGCCGCCGGUCUUCCAUCCACUGGUGCUUUUGAUGGUUCAAAUGUAGCUCCACGAAGUGCACAAGGAAGGGGCGGCGGUUUUGGUAGGUCACGUGGCAGUGGACGAGGUCGUGGAUUUGGAAGAGGCCGUGGACGAGGAAGAGGUCGUGAUGAGAAAAUAUCAGCUGAUGAUCUAGAUGCUGAUUUAGAGAAAUAUCACACCGAUGCGAUGCAGAUGAAUUGA